CAUAUUCCGCUGCUCCGUAAUGGCACCUGGAUCAAAUGCAAGACACAGAGCCGACGUUGUAGACGACUUAUCUCACCAAACACCAUUCAUUCCCAGAGCCACGAGGGAAAUGGCGGAGAACAACAUAUCUUUCAAAGAAACGGAGGCUGGGAAGGCACUAGAAAGCGAUGUCGAGCGUCUUAAUAAGAAGCUCGAAGAUAUGGAGAAAGACAUGCAGGAUAAAACUAAGGCGCUUGACGAUCAGAAGAAGGAGAUGCGCGAGGUGGCUGCGAAACACCAAGAGAACAUGAAGGAGUUGCAGGGUAAUUUCGAUGCGGAGAUGGCAAAGGAGAAGCAGAGGUCGAAAGAUGAGCAAGCAAGAAUGGCGAAGAUGCUCGAAGAGGGGCAAGCAAAGGCGGCUUCGCAGCUGAAGACGCAAUACGAGACCUCGGAAGCUAAAAUGAGGGCGAUGAUGGAUCGAGCGAGCGCUGAGCGUCUUAAUAUGCAAAGGCAGCACGAUUACGCUCGAAAUUCUUGGCAGCAGAGUAUUGAUAGAUUGGGGAAUCUGGUCAGUGAGGAGACGUCAGCCAGGAGGACGGCUGAGCAGAGG